AUGACAAUAACCAGUUCAUUUUAGAGUGAGCUAGGAGUUUGAUCCGUGUACAAAAUUUGGUUUGUGUUUCGCAUUUCGUUGCAGAUCCUGACAGAUCCACAUUGUGUCCCACACUAAUCAAUCACAGCGAGGCUGAUGUCAUGGAUUCUUGUAAACGACUCAAUCAGGAACAAGGCUUUCCCCCAUCCUUCAUGAACAUUGCUGACGCCGUCAGGCUAUAAAAAGCGAACUCCGAGUCCAGUUUUCCUUAUUCUGUGUCUGAAAGUGACCGUCAUUAUGGCUGAUGAGAAGAAAUCGCAGCCAACCUCCAAGAAGGGCGCGAAGAAAACCAUCAAGAAGGCACCAGGCAAAGGCAGCAAGAAAAGGAAACGAUCCAGGAAAGAAAGUUACUCCAUCUACAUCUACAAAGUGAUGAAGCAGGUUCACCCCGACACCGGCAUCUCCUCCAAGGCCAUGAGUAUCAUGAACUCGUUCGUCAACGAUAUUUUCGAGCGCAUCGCGGGGGAGGCUUCCCGCCUGGCCCAUUACAACAAGCGCAGCACCAUCAGCUCCCGGGAGAUCCAGACCGCCGUGCGGCUGCUGCUGCCCGGGGAGUUGGCCAAGCACGCCGUGUCGGAGGGUACAAAGGCGGUGACCAAGUACACCAGCUCCAAGUGAGACACCACAUUGUACUGAGAAAAACACAUCCAAGACCCAAAGGCUCUUUUAAGAGCCACCCACAACUUCCCUGAAACAGCUGAACCAAUUUAAGUUUAAAAUGAUUUUGGGUUUGUAUUAUUAAUGUCCCUAGCCUUUGUUUUUUUUUUAUACAAAUGUUUUAGAAGUUAAUGUGUGGUCCAUGAUCUUCUGCCGUUUAUUUUCGGUUACGGCCAUACGCUGUGUCUUUUCCCUGCCUCUACAGAGCAUAAUUAUUGCCACUUAGUCAUUUCUCAGCAGCUUCCAUUUUUUCAAGUUCCUCUUUAACACUUGAUCACCCCGGGAAACAAAAUUAACUUCGAAUCCCAUGAAUAGAGUUUACAAUCUACUUGUUUUUCUUUUAAUUUCACAAUGAACCGAGAUAAAGCCAGAGCAGCUGCCGAAUUACGAUAGCAAGUGUGAAAUUGUGCCUGAAGUCUGAUCAAGGACAAUAGGGGAGGGCAACUUCAAACUGUUGUUUUAAAGUUUGAACGCGAUCACCCGGAAGAACAUUGUGUGAGGUUUUGUCAAUAUUCGGUGUGCACUUGAAAAGUGAAAUUAAAAAAAAAAUAUGUGCAGAACGCAGUGCUUUUGUAUUUUUUUUUCUCUUUCCGCUUGUUCCUAACUUCAGAAAAUUCCAUUCAGAUGCAGAAAUGGACGGAUUCGAGUAGACUAGAGAAUGGGAUAAAGAAAAAUUGUGUAAAGUAUUGAUUUGUAAUGUCAAUGUAAUUUAACUUAUAAAAGAAAAGUUAAAUUGUUCAUUGUUCUUCCUCUUUUGUACAUGUUGGACGGUUUUUCAAACAAAUCGCGGUCGGUUCUGAAUCCUGAAUCCACCUGUGGCAACGAAAAUAA